GAGGAGAGAGAUGCUGAUUGAUCAUUAACCGAGGAACCUGAAUCAGUGACGUGGGAGAGAGAGGGAGGGAGGUGGAGAUAGAGAGAGAGAGUGAGAGGUCUCGCCUCCUGUGUUGCUGAGGCUCUUUGAUUCCGUGGCAGUGGCUGAGACAACCCCCCCGGUUACCGACCACCGUGAACCCGCGUCACCACGAGCCCAGAUCACAUCCUCACAUCCUCGCAGUCAACUCGCUCAUGGUAACAGAGAGAGAACGGAACCCGGAGGACAUCGCGUCUCCAUCGCGUCUCCGUCGCGUCUCCGUCGCGUCUCCCCGCUGCACAAAGACGCCGUGCAUCCUGCCACAGCGAAGACACGGAGCCCUGACUGUGCUGGACGACCACGACGGGGCUUGGAGAUGCUCUCCCGUGCGUCCGCUGAGCGCCACCGCUGCCAGCCAGAGUCCGUGAGCGAGAGCGCGACGCGCAACGGAGCCACCGCCAUGGAGCAGCCCGCCAGAAGCUCCGCUCGGUAAGAAGUGGACGAGACGGACACGGAAGAGCGCGGAGGCCCCGAAGAGGACAAAGGCACCAGCGCGUCCCUCAAAUGAUGGGGAUACAGCAUCUUCUGCUUCUUUUGAUUUACCUCGACCCGCUGAAUGUCCUGUGCGCCGCCGCCGCCGCCGCCAGCAGCAGCAGCAGCAAGAAGAGCAAAGCCCCGCAGCGGAGGAACCCGAAGUUGAAGGAGGUCAACGGCAGCACCACAGCGGUCCCGGUGGCCGCGGCCGUCCCGGGCCGGAUCACCCAGCUGCAGGCGCCCUCGGUGCCGCACGACACCUGCCUGGGCUACUACGACGUGAGCGGCCAGUACGACAAGGAGUUCGCGUGCAACAACACCGACCACCGCUUCUGCUGCGGCAGCUGCUUCCUGCGCUUCUGCUGCGCGGACCGGGGGAAGCGGCUGGAGCAGAAGAGCUGCACCAACUACAACACGCCGGACUGGAUCAAGACGCAGCCGCCGUCGCCGGCGCCCACGGGCGACACGUACGACCCGGAGCUGGACCAGACCAACGCCACCGUGUACAUCACCUGCGGCGUCGUGGCGCUCGUCAUCGCCAUCGGGAUUUCCGCCAAAGUUGCCUACGACAAAGCCACGAAGCCUCCGCAGGAGAUGAACGUGCACAGAGCCCUGGCAGACAUCCUGAGGCAACAAGGACCGGUUCCAAUAUCUCAGUAUGACCAUGAGAACAUCGCAGAGAUCGACGGGUCGCCCAAAGACGAGACGCCGGUCAGGACGUCGAAGAAUCAUUACACGCCUGUUCACACCAAGGCAUCCAACCACGGCCACUACGGGAAGGAGAACCUGCGCGGUGGAGGCCAAGACAUGCACAACUUCAUCUCCUCUGGGUUUGUGACACUGGGACGCGGCCACUUGAAAGCGCAGCACUCCAUAGACGAAUCGGGGCAGAUGUCCUGGCAGGGCGAUCUGGACAUCCCCCUCUCCUACGGAAACCACCACCACGACUAUCAGCACAGUCACCUGGACCUGACGGCGCUCACGCCCAAGCUGGCCCACAGACAAAUGAGACACGAAAGACCCCAGAGGAUGAACAACAUCCUGACCUCAGCCACAGAGGCCUACGACCUGUCGCUCUCCAGGUCCUUCCAGAACCUCAGCCACCUGCCGCCCUCCUACGAACUCGCCCUGCAGCCUGACUUAAGUAAAUACUCCUCCUCUCUGCACAGAUUAAGCGAUAAGGACGUAGACGAGUACUACACGAGGAAGCAUCAUCACCCCGACUUCGGCGGCCGGGGGCCGACACACAUGGUGAAGCUGAACGCGGAUCCCCUGCAGCACCAGCAGCACCAGCAGCACCAGCAGCAUCAGCAGCAUCAGCAGCAUCAGCAGCACCAGCAGCAGCAGCAGCAGCAGCGGCAGCGGCCCCGCCGGGUCCAGAGGGCCAUGUCCCAGGACCACGUCCUGUCCCCUCCCAGGACGCCGCGCCGCGGAGACUACGGCUUGUCGUCGUACGGCGUCAUGGCGGCGGCCGCGUACGGGAGCAGCCGCCACCUCUCCGAGGAGCAGCUGCUGUCGGCGGAGCGCCUCCACUCCCAGGACCCCUUGCUGCUGUCCCCCGCGAUGAGGCGCGACAAGUUCCGGGAGAAGGCGAUGGCGCGGGCCAUGUCUCACGCCGACAUGCUGCUGCCCACCACGCCGGUCAUGGACCGCCACAAGAUGGCCAAGAUGCACUCGCAACCCAGUGCCUCUAAUGACUCGUACAACACGCUGACGGUCAACCACCAGGUGUCCACGUCCAAGAGGCAGGCCUUUGCCUCGCGACGGACACACACGGUGGACCACCUACAGUACAUUCCCGGCCACCACCACACAUACCGCACUGCCAGUAAGAACGAGGUAACUGUUUAACCGUCAGAGCGGGAUUCCCCGAGACACAGCCCGCGGAGAAGGUCUUCUCGUCCGAACAGCCUCCUCGCAUUUAAAAAUACUCAUCCGGCUUUUUUAGCACAAGCUUCCUGUGUCAUCCAUGUUUUUUGGGAGGGGAACUAGAAUCAAAACCCUGGCAAAGACAUUUCUCUCUUAGAGCAUCAUAAGGGCUUUGAGCGUUGCCAGAGACGGAUCCUUCUUGUCGGACAAUAACUGACGGCGUGAAGGAGAUAUUUUUUAAAUCGGACCUCGUACUGGAAGGGAAUCGUAUCAACUUUAUAAAUAUAUACAUAUAUUUACUACUUGUAUUUUCGGUCCUUGUUAUAGCUUUAGAGAUUCUCAUUGACAGAUGUUAGCACUUUGAGUGUGGUGCCUCUGAAAAUGGUCCCAUUUCAGCGAUGAAGUGGAUUUGUGGGUUAAAAAGCACAAUUAUUGAACUCCCUAUUGUUUGGUUAUUUUACUCUAAUUUUUUUUUUGUAAACGGCCAGAGCAUAUCAGCUUCGUAGUGAGAACAGAGGUUAUUUCUGUUGCAUACAAUAGAUGAUGUAAAUAGGCGAUACUCGCAGCAUUAAAAGAAAAACCGCUGGCCCUUUGCCCUUUGGCGUUAUUGUUUUAAACUUUCUUCUCCCACCUGAAAUCUUUCAUGGAUUCACAAUUAAUAGUUUUAAUUUUAGAUUAAGUCAACGAUCCCAAAUGAGUACUAUUAUUUCCACACACACAUCGAAGUAUGUGGAUCCAAUAUGUAUUAGGGGAUUUUUUUUAUUUGAUUUAAUUUUUUAACUUGUAGCAUAGAACGAGUGUGUAUGAGACGAGCUGACGCUUCGGUCGGCAGAUGUAAAUCCGCCGGUGAAAAAUUGAGCCCGGUGGUUGUUUGAAUUUUGCUUAAAUUUUCCGUUAACAUAUUUCCUUGCUUUGUCAUCCGUAAGAUGACCCCUCCCCCACCGACCCGGCUCCUUUUGUUAUUGGCCAGCUGCUUCCAUUUCUACAUAUCAGGAACUCUUGUGUCGGUAACUAAAGGGGGGCGACUAGGUCCAGAUGUAGUUUUGUGUCGAUGUGAUGACUGAAACAAUCAAUACUGAAGAAGGACGUCAUAACCACAAGUCAAUCGAGCAUUAAAAUAAAACUGUGAACUGUUUGUCCAGAUGUUUUCAUUGAAGCAAUGCCUUAUCGUAUGGAAUCCCACGUGCUCUUAAUUGCAACAAUCAUGCUUUGGUCUUGUCUUCUUGUCUUAGCUUUUUGUGCAAUAUUCCUGAUUAUGAUUUACCAGCAGAACCGGCUGUAUGAACGUGUACAGUGAUUGAUGAGACUGUACAUCCAGUAUACCUCAAAAAGACUCAACUCAAUUGAAGUGUCAAACUUUAACAGUAAAAUGUAGAACAAUCAAAAGGUUCAUGGUAUUUUUAUUGGAAAUAUUUGAAUUACCCGGAUUAGCUUUAAGGUUUACGUAUAUGUAUACAGUAUAAACUGCAUAUGUAUACAUAUUAGGUAUGUUUACAGUGCUUCAGUAUGUAAACAGUAUGUAUAGUAUGUACACAGUGCUUUUGUUUUCAUCUGCUGAGUCAGAUGAUCUGGAGAGAAAAGAAUUCACAGUUUGUCUUGGUUCCUCUUAAAUCAAGGACCAGACCUCAACCCGAUUGGAAGGUUCUAAAUCAUAUUCAUUGUCAUCAGGUUGUGUAAAGUCUUGUUGUAUUGCCACAAGUUUUGUGUGUGUGUGUGUGUGUGUGUGUGUGUGUGUGUGUGUGUCAAAGUCCAAUAGACGGUGUCAACUAAGUGAAAAAUAACAAGUAACUGCAAGUCAAUAGGUAAAUCAUCGUAGGUCUCAGGUUUCGGUUAUGAAGUCCCAUCUCAAGUCCCAAAUCAAGACAAUUUGGUCCCAAGUAGACUCUUCACCAAAUCUUAAAUCAAGAUAAUUCAUUAUCAAGUAAUCCCACGUCAAGAUUGUUUAGUCCCAAGAGUAGUCCCAAGAAAAGUCCAAAGUCCAGGAAUUCCCUUACUGUGUCUCAAGUCAAGUUCCAAAUCAAUACAUUAAAGUUCCCAGUCAAGAUAAUCAAGUGCCAGUUCAAGUCCCAAGUCAAGAUAAUUUAAGUCAAGGUCUAACUCCUAGUUAUCUUGACUUGAGACUUUACUCUGGUCUGAUUUGUCUUGACUGAGUCCCGAGGAAGUCUUAAGGACUUAAGGCGAGGUAAGUCCCAUGCCAAAACAGUUUAGUCCCAAGAAAUGUCAAGGAAAUUGCGUCCCAAGACACGAUGUUUGAGUCCCAGGUAAGCUCCUGAAUCAAGACUCAGUCCAUGAGUCUCAGUCAUUUCCAUUGUGUCCACAGUUUUGGACCUGUGAAGGGUCAGUAUGAAAAUCAGAAAAUAACAGAAAUCACGAUAUUGUGGUCAUCUGUCGACAAAGACACUCAUCAGUUCGGUUAUUGUACAAGGAGAAUGUCAGGAACAUUGCUGUGUCUUUGGAUAAUCAAGUGGAAGGCUACUGUAUAUACAAACUUGAAUACAAUGUUACUUGUGAUUGAAACUGUUUCAUUUCAAAGGCGGGAAAGCAAAGUCUCAUUACACAUUUCUAUGAUUUUGUUGAAAUACUCGCUCAUGUAAUGUUGCAUGUUUUUCUUUGCUGUUAUAAUUUGUCAACGGUGUUGGGACGUUCAACUUCAAUUUGUAUGAAAUGAUGUAUUCUUUUCCCCACAACAUUAUUUUCAUUGUACAUACUUUAUGAAAUUAUUUUCCUUUUCUUGAAAAGAGCUCUCGUAAACGUAAUAAAGUGCAUUCGAUAGGUUUGGCUGAGGGAAGGAUGUCAAUGUUUUCGUCGAGUCCUUCAGACAACUAUUUGUAACCGUCCACUUCGCUCAGCUGAUCACAAACUUCUGCUCCUCCUCUUCACUUAACAAAUAAUAAUGAUGUCAUCCCAAGAGCCUUUUUUCUCUAUGUGCAAUACUUCCUGUUCAUGCAGUAUAACUCUAUAGCCACUUCUUAAAAAAUGUUGUGCAGUUCCAUUUGCUGCCAUAAAGCCUUUGUCCUUCAUUGUUUCUUUUUUUUUCAUGACACGGCUAAACGCGGAAGUACUUGCACACUUUACCUGAGACUAAUUUAAAGGCUUGAAAACCACAAGAUAUGACUGUUCUCGUGCAUUUUUCUGUUUGUUUUCAAACCAUUAAAGCACAUUGUGUGUAUGUGUACGUAUUGUAUACGUCAA